AGUUGUCUUGCUUCUCAAGAAGAAGAGGAAUAAUACGCCGAAGGCAAAACUCGAGCACUUUCAUUUCUGUUUGAUCUAUCUCUCUCUCUAUCGGCUUAUCGAGCAACAGAUUUUCUAUUCUUAGCGAAAUUGAAGAUGUUUCUUACAAGGACUGAGUACGACAGAGGUGUCAACACCUUCUCCCCGGAGGGACGAUUGUUCCAGGUUGAAUAUGCUAUUGAGGCUAUUAAGCUUGGUUCCACUGCAAUUGGGAUAAAGACUAAGGAAGGUGUUGUGCUUGCCGUUGAGAAGCGCAUCACUUCUCCACUUCUGGAACCAAGUAGUGUGGAGAAGAUAAUGGAGAUUGACGAACAUAUUGGAUGUGCAAUGAGUGGAUUAAUUGCUGAUGCACGUACACUUGUUGAACAUGCUCGAGUUGAAACUCAAAAUCAUAGGUUCUCAUAUGGUGAACCCAUGACUGUUGAGUCUACUACUCAAGCUCUAUGUGAUUUGGCAUUGCGGUUUGGUGAAGGAGAUGAAGAAUCUAUGUCUCGUCCAUUUGGAGUGUCACUUCUCAUUGCUGGUCAUGAUGAGAAUGGACCUAGCUUGUACUAUACCGAUCCAUCUGGGACAUUCUGGCAGUGUAAUGCUAAAGCUAUUGGUUCUGGUUCAGAAGGUGCAGAUAGCUCGUUGCAGGAACAAUUCAACAAGGAUCUUACACUUGCAGAAGCUGAAACUAUAGCUCUUUCAAUCCUGAAGCAAGUUAUGGAAGAAAAGGUGACACCCAAUAAUGUUGACAUUGCAAAGGUUUCACCUACUUACCACUUGUACACUCCUUCUGAGGUUGAGGCGGUUAUUACCCGUUUGUGAUUUCGAAUAGUUUCUGAGGUCAAUCUCCAACUAUCUUUUCAUUUUCAUGUUUGUACCCCGAAAAUUAUGAAUGAAACGGAGCUAUAUGUUGCGAGGAGGAAUAUUAUAUAUAACUUAAAUAUCUCUGCUUUGUUUUGGAAUUCUUUCAGGUAAUGAACUUAAUUUUCUAUCAUCUGAAAUUAUCUUUAAUUGUAGAAAACUGGUAUUUUGUUGCCCUCCCUUCAACUUUCAAUCAGAUUUUUAUUUGUUA